UGUACACCCCCAACCCCAAUGCGCCGAAUUAGCCGUUCACAGACAGAGCAGCGUGGUAGUCAAGCCUAGCACUUUUGGAAUGAUGCUCGGUGUUGUUGGUGUGGUGAGUAGAGCACAUCACAUAUCAACGAAAAUUGCUGCAAUGUCAUCAUCGUCAUUAUUCAGAUUAACGAGGUUUCCCUUUCUUUCUAACCCCACUUUUCUUCUUUCCUUUCACUCUCACUCUCACUUUCAUUCUGUUCCUCAUUCCUUUCACAAUCCUGAUGAUGUUGUUUCCUUCUUCAAUCGCUUGCUCCAAAUGCAUCCUACCCCUUCCAUCAUCGAAUUUAGUAUGAUUUUAACUUCCCUAGUGAAGAUGAAGCAUUACUCCACUGCCAUAUCCCUUUCUCACCAAAUCACUUCCAGCAUCUUGAUCAAUUGUUACUGCCACUUAGGUCAACUUACUUCAGCUUUUUCUGUAAUGGGAAACAUUCUCAAGAGAGGUUAUCACCCAAACACUAUCAUCUUGAAUACACUUAUGAAAGGUCUGUCUUAAAGGCAUGGUUCAAAGAGCCAUGGAAUUUCAUGAUGAUGUGGUUGCACAGGGAUUUCGGUUGGAUGAAGUUAGUUACGCGACGUUGAUCAAUGGGUUAUGCAAAACGGGAGACACAAGAGCGGCGCUGCGGUUACUGAGACAGAUUGAACGGCCUAAUGUGAUAAUGUACAGCACAAUCAUUGAUAGUUUGUGUAAAGUUAAACUUGUAAGUGAUGCAUAUGACUUAUAUUCUGAAAUGGUUGCCAGGAGAAUUCCACCUAAUGCUGUCACUUAUAAUGCAUUGAUAAAUGGCUUUUGCAUUGUUGGUCGAUUUCAACAAGCGGUUGGUUUGUUAAACGAAAUGGUGUUGCAAUGUAUUGACGCGGAAGUUCAUACUUUUAAUAUAUUGGUUGAGGCUUUAUGUAAGGAAGGAAAUGUGAAAGAAGCAAAAAAUGUGUUUGCUGUGAUGGUGAAACAAGGUCUGGAACCUAAUAUUGUUAGUUAUAGUUCUCUCAUGGAUGGGUACUGUCUUGUUAAGGAAGUAAACAAGGCCAAAGAUAUAUUCAACUUCAUGGUCCAAAGGGGAGUGACGCCUGAUGUUCAGAGCUAUACUAUCAUAAUUAAUGGUUUGUGUAAGAUUAAAAUGGUGGAUGAAGCUUGGAGUCUUUUAAAUGAAAUGCAUUCCAAAAAGAUAAUUGCUGAUACAAUAUGCUACAAUUCUCUUAUUGAUGGUUUGUGCAAAUUAGGAAGAUCCUUUGAUGCCUGGAAGCUUGUUAAUGAGAUGAAUCAUAGAGGUAUACCACCUAAUGUUAUCACUUACAACCCUUUACUGGAUGUUUUAUGCAAAAGCCAUCAUGUUGACAGGGCAAUUGCUUUAAUCAAGAAAAUUGAAGAACAGGGUAUUCAGCCUAAUAUGUACACAUUCACUGUACUUAUGGAUGGACUAUGCAAAGUAGGCAGACUUAAGGAUGCUCAGGAGAUUUUUCAGGAUAUUUUGAUUAAAGGCUACAAUUUAAAUGUCCGGACAUAUUCAGUUAUGAUUGAUGGGUAUUGUAAAGAGGGUUUGUUUGAUGAAGCAUUGAUAUUGAUGUCAAAAAUGGAAAGCAGCGGUUGUAUUCCUGAUGCUGUAACUUAUGGAAUAAUUAUUCGUGCUUUGUUUAAAAAAGGUGAGAAUGAGAUGGCAGAGAAGCUUCUUCGUGAAAUGGUUGCUAGAAGUCUACAUUAAGAGUACAACUAGAUGAUUUGGAAAAAACGGAGGAUGGUGGUCCUAGGUCCUGACUUGUUCAGAUUCAUGGUAUCGUGUGCCUUACGACAAGUUCCUUCUUCAAAUAUCAGUGUCAUUAAGCUUCUUCAAAUACUAUGACUCUGAAAUGGAUGGUUAUGGCCAGCAAAUCAAUUUCUAAAGAUAGGUUGGUUCCUUUGGAUGAUCUGAGGAGUGUAAAAGCUGAGAUUGAGAUAUUAACUAGGCAAUCUCGUGAAAGUUUUAAAGUGGAUGGUUUUGUUCUUUCGAUGAUGGAUCUUUGUGUGAGAAGGGAGCCAUAUCAUAGAUUAGAGAAGCAUGGCCAGUUUUCUGAAAUUUGAGCCAGGGUUCUCUUUAGGCACCUAAUGCAAGUGCAUUUGUACUAUCAUGAAAAUGAGGGUUUUUCAUAAAGAUUUGAAUCUAAUUACUCCUAAAUAUUCAUGGUUGAACUUGACAUUUCUUUUGUUGUUUAUUUCUUAUGACUUUGUGCUGUUUUCACUUGUUAUCCUUGUCUGUAUGCUGUUUUUGUCAUUUUAAAAUUUGUUGAGGCUCAUUGUUGUUUAGCGUGGUUCAGGUUGGAGUCGGUUGCAUAAAAGUUGAUUUUUGUUGUGUUUUCCAGUUAGAUUUAGUUUACUAGAUUUGGUGACAGUUUAAUGAUAUGCCUGAUGGAGAAGUUGUAUUGUGCUAAAUGCUUACUAUCACAUUUUCCUCCUUCUCCUUCUCACAUUUUCCUCCUCCUCCUUCCUCUUAAUCUUAAUGGGCUCAAAGGUGUGGAAGUGCUUGAUAGAACCAUGGUUGAGUUUGUACAAGGUAUUAACCUAAGUUUUGUUGAACUGGUUUAUUCUCUGCUGCCUCUGAAGCACGGACACGCCUGGGAAGGGGAGUGUCCAGGUGUUGCACACACGUCUGACACCGACACGUGUUGAAAGUGUUCAAUUACAAAAUUAUUUUUUUCAGCUCAGACACAACUUGGACACAGCUUGAACACUAUGCCCACACUCGUUCAUGGCUAGACACACAAAGUGUGAGUUAUGUGUUCUUGUGAGUUUUGUGUUUUGUUCCAUCUAGUUUCUGUUAUAUCUCUACUAGUAAUUUUAAUUCCUAUCAAUUUCAUUCCUGUAGAAUCUGCUACAAUUAUCUUAAUG